GGCGGCGGCAGGGCGCAGCAGUGGAACGGGCCUCUUCCUGGGCGGGUCGCGCCCCCGUGCCUGGGCCCCUGCGAGGGCUUCAGUUUCCAGGGCUACGUGGACCGCGCGGAGGAGAGGGCCAUGACGCUGGCGCAGCUGCGGCACUGCCUCAGGUGGUGCGAGGACCACUGCCACCGCUGGCGCGACAUGCAGUCCAAGG